AUGGUGCGGGAGCGCGUGGCGCCCGGCAGCGGGGCGGCCGCGACGGCGGAGCUCAGCCGUCUUCGUCAGAGCUACACGCAGGUCGCGGACGACGCAGCGCAGCUCGCAGUCUCCCUCAAGCUCACGCGAGGGGAGCUCGAGGAGGCGAAAGCCGAGAUUGAGGCGCUCCGACAGAAGAAUGCGCAGCUCCAGAAGGAUGCCCAGGCCGACGAGGUGGGGCGAACCCUCGCGGAGCUCGAGCGGGUCUACGAGGAGAACACCCGGGAACUGCGCGAGCGCUUCAUCGAGGCCGAAACCCAGCGUGGCAUCCUCGCCGAGACCGUCGAGAAGCUUCAUGAGACGGUGACGGAGCUGCAGGAGGCCUUCACGCAGGCGAGCGCCAACCAUACGGAGCUGGACCUCCGUGAGAAGCGGAACCGCGAUCGGCUGAAGGAGCUUUCCAAGGCUCCCCUGGCCGGACUUGAGUCCCUUCGGGCGGCGGGGAAGGCCCUGAAGGACGAGAAUGCCGAGAUGGAGAGCAAGGUUGGGGAGCUUGAGUUGGUGAGUGGAAACCUCACUGUGGAGCAGUCUAGGUCGCUCGAGCUUUUUCAGAAGCAGAUACAGGACCUCUUCCAGGGCUUUCAAGAGGUGUUGUGGCCCGAUAGCACCCCCAGCGUCAUCGGACCUCGCGAAGGGAGCAGCCUUGUGGCUAAAGACAAGGGGGAUGCCGCUCUGCAGGAGCCAUGCCUCAGCUCCUGGUGUGCCGAAGACAAGAAUGAGCUUCUUCUUCGGGUGCUCCAGAGUGCCCUUCAGUUUGUGGCGUCGCAUCUGGAGAGCGGCGAUACGCAGUGCGCGCGGUUGCUGGACGCCUCCCUCUCAGACGCGGAGCUUGUGAAUGAGCUGCGUUCGAAGCUGCACCAUCUCACGCGGGAUCGCGACCGGCUCUUGCAGAAGCUCACGAAAAGCCUGAACCUCAUCGAGCAGAACCGGCUGACGGUGCUGGAGAAUGCCAUGCUCCAUGAGGUGCCCCUCGAGGAUUCGUUGAGUGCGGCGGAGGCCGCAGAGCAGAUCGCGCUUCUGCGGGAUCAGCUCGACGUCGCGGCGCAGCUCCACAAGUGGGGGAUGAAAGAAAUCGAGGAUCUGAAGAAGACCAAGGAGGAUCUCGAAGGGGAGGUGAGGCGGCUGCGCAAAGGGGGUGAGAUCACCGCGCAGCAGCUGCAGCGAACCGACGACGCCCUUCAGCAGAGUCUCGCGCGUGAGAAGGAGCUGCUCAAGCGGAGUAUCUCGCUCCAAAGCCAAGUCGCCGCGCUUGCCGCGUACGCCCCGGUCGGAUCCCCCUCGAACGAAACAGGGGAGGGGGAGGGGGAGGGAGCCUCGCUGGACGCGGACGCGCCCCCGCGGCCGCCGCCUCUUUCGGAGCUCCUCCAGCGCGUUUCUGUGCAGCUCGCGGGGAUCGAACGCGCCGCCGUGGAGCUCAACGCGCGGCGUCGGGGGCAGGGGGUCCCUCCUGAGGCCUCGCUCUGCCCUUCGCCGGAGCACCUCGCGGAGCGGAUCGCGCGAGGGGGAUUCGGGCAGGUGGUGGAGCUCCUCCACGCCGCGAUGGUGCGGGCGAAAGGGCUGCAGGAGGGACUCGAGGACGGCAUGCUUCGCCACGCGGCGGGGCUCGCGGCGCUGCUCCGCCCGGGGGUUUCGUCGUCGGAGGGGGCCCUCCUCGCGGAGCGGGAGCGUCGCGCCGCCCUAGAAGCGGAGCUGAACGUGCUGAAGGCGGAGAAGGAGCAGGUGCGGCAACGCCUGCAAGCCGCCGAGGAUGGCAUGGCGAAGGCGGAGGAGGCCAAACACCGCAUUUUGUCCAUCUCGAAGACCCUGAUGGAGCGGCAAAGUCGAUUACUGGAGGAGAAUAAACAGCUUAAAUCCAGGUUGGGCUCGCCAGACGUAGGGGGGGGGAGGACGGCACCCGAGGAAACGCAAGCCGCUGUGGCCUUGGUAGAGGGGGGAUCCCCCCCUGCUCAGGACGAUCCUCCGCCGGCUGAGCAUUCUGUAGAAAGUGAAGCCGCGGCAAGAGGCGAGGAGACGGGCAUCCCAAACUCAGAUUCCACGGAGGUCAACGAGAAGCCGCCCCCAUCUCCGCCUGCCGACGCAGAGGUCAACUUGGAAUGUCACCCCGCCACUGAUGAUGGGGAUAAUAUUGACAACUCAGAAAUUUAA